AUGGAGACGUUUUAUGGAGGAUUGAAUAGAGCAUCACAGAUGGCAAAAGACGCAGCAGCGGCUGGUGGACUUAUGGACAAAUCUUACAUUGAGGCUAAAGAAAUAUUAGACCGCAUUGCUAAGCACAACAUGGAAUGGAACAUAACUCUUGAAAACGCAUCAAAUGAGCAGAAGGUGAAUCAGGUAGAGGCGUUUGGGCAACACAUGGUUAGCUGUGUGGGUUGUAGAUAUCCUCACUUCUAUGCGGAUUGCCCACAGAAUCCUCAGUUAGUAGGGCAGAUAGCGAGCGAGUUGAAAAGCAGGCAGCCUGGAGUUCUACCUAGCAAUACUGAAACACCUGGGAAUAACAAUGGGAAGAAGCAAUGUCACGCGGUGACAUUGCGAUGUGGAAAAGCUCUUGAAGAAAGAAAAAUGAAUCCAAGAAAUAGCAGUCCUUCGAAAGAACGCAUCACACGUUCAAUGGAUCAAGAAGAAAGAACGCCUGAGACUACAAGCCAUUCAGAACUCAGUACGUCCAACGCGGGAAAGCUUGAGGUGCCGCUGAAUGCACCAUUCCCUAGGCGUCUGAUGAAGAAGAAUGAUGAACAACAAUUCAAGCGGUUUCUUGAACUCCUAAGGCAGUUGCAUAUCAACAUUCCACUUAUAGAGUCCUUGAAGCAGAUGCCAAAAUAUGUCAAAAUUUUGAAGGACUUAUUGACAAAGAAAAGAAGAGUCAGUGAGAAGGACGUAAUCGUGCUAAUGCAGGAGUGCAAUGCGUUAGUAAGCAACAGUCUACCAAAGAAGCAGAAGGACCCUAAGAGCUUCACAGUUACUUGCUCGAUAAGAGGAUUGGAUGUGGGUCAUGCGUUGUACGAUUUGGGAGCCAACAUUAAUCUCAUGCCACUCUCAAUUUUUAAGAAACUGGGAAUUGGCGAAGCACAACCCACUUUUAUUACUCUUCAGCUUGCUGACAGAAUAAUUAAGUACCCAGAAGAAAAGAUUGAAGACAUUCUAGUAAAGGUUGACAACUUCAUAUACCCAGCAGACCUUAUUAUCUUGGACUAUGAAGCAGAUAGGGAGGUACCAAUUAUUCUUGGACGCCCCUUCCUAGCUAUUGGGAAAGUUUUAAUUGACGUGCAUAAAGGCGAAUUGACUAUGCCGUAG